ACGGAAUCACGUGACCGUCGGUACUUAACCACAGGCAACUCGAAUCCAAGAGUCAGUUAACCGGCGAGUUUGUAAGAAGCAACAAGUUUGGAAGUUUUAAUUUUGAAAUAUUUUUGUUGAUUUUUUCAAAGACUAUUUUUGUGCUUUUAUAUGCUGUUCGGUUUGAGUGUUAUUUUUUGAGUUAUUUUUUGCCAUUAGUUGAAGAAAAACUAUACACCAUGAGGUUGGAGAAUGAUGAUCACAGAUUGGCCAAUGACGCCACAAGGGAGGAACAAGAUGUACAAGGAGCUGGCGGAGGUGGUCACCUUAUAAACAACGCGUACAGUAAUCCAGCAUUUUCCACUAGCAUAGAUAUAGAAAAAAAUACCCAAUUUAAGGGAAGCAACGACUUUAUAUUGGUGGACGAUCAUCGAACAAAUUCAGUGAAGGAAGUGCUCAAAAACGCUGUACCGUGGUUGACCAAAAAAUGCCAAACAGCUUGUAGCAAAAAAAUGCUGAACAGACGCUUCCCUAUCUGUUCGUGGCUUCCAAAGUACAACAGGGACGAUGCUAUUGGCGAUCUAGUCGCUGGCGUUACAGUCGGCUUAACUGUCAUCCCGCAAGCCCUAGCCUACUCCAACAUAGCAGGAUUGCCCGCGCAGUACGGGUUGUACUCUUCUUUCCUCGGGUGUUUUGUCUACAUAUUCCUGGGGAGUUGUAAGGAUGUUCCUAUGGGUCCCACAGCGAUAGCUUCGCUGCUGACCUAUCAAACCAUCAAUAAGUAUGGAGUUCAGCAUGCGAUUUUACUGUGUUUUCUCACUGGGUCGGUGCAGCUCUUAAUGGGGAUAUUUGGUUUAGGAUUUCUGAUAGACUUCGUGUCAGGACCAGUGUCCUCAGGCUUCACAUCAGCCGUGGCUCUAAUCAUAGUCACUUCGCAAGUAAAGGACGUGUUGGGCAUCAAAGCAAGCGGUAGCACUUUUGUGAACACCUGGCAGAGCAUAAGUCAGGACAUCCACAAUACAAAUGCUUGGGAUACCGUUUUUGGCAUUUCCUGUAUAGCGGUACUACUGAUAAUGAGGAUAUUGGCUACAAUAAGAAUAGGCCCUACCGAAAACGAUGAGAACAAACAACCAAACAGGUUCCAAAAAUUAGUCAACAGCACGUUCUGGCUCAUUGGAACGUCCAGGAAUGCGAUUCUAGUCAUUGUAGGAGGUUUCAUAGGCUACACUUUCUGUCUAAACGGCGAGCCUCCUUUCAAAGUUAUUGGUGCUCUCCCUCAAGGCUUACCGACACCAAUGGUGCCACCUUUUGGGUACGAAAACGUUUCCAAUGGUACCACUGCAAUUGUUAGUUUUACGGAGAUGGUAACGGAUUUGGGUUCAGGGAUACUGGUGGUGCCUUUGAUUGGAUUGUUGGAGAAUAUUGCAAUCUGUAAAGCCUUUUCAAACGGAAAGCCUGUGGACGCAACUCAGGAACUUUUGGCCAUUGGUCUAUCGAACAUAGCAAACUCUUUCGUCCAAUCUUUCCCAGGCUCAGGUUCCUUAUCGAGGAGUGCUGUACUAAAUUCCAGUGGCGUGCGAACGCCUCUAAGCGGCUUGUACACGAGUAUUUUGGUGAUAUUGGCUCUCCUUUUCUUCACACCAUAUUUCUAUUAUAUUCCAAAGGCAACUUUAGCUGCCAUUAUAAUCGCAGCAGUUGUGUUCAUGGUGGAAGUUAAGGUUGUGAAGCCGAUGUGGAGGUCAAAAAAAAGUGAUUUGAUUCUUGGUUUGGCCACGUUUAUAGCCUGCCUGGUUUUGCCUUUAGAAGUUGGCAUCAUCGUUGGAGUUGGUAUCAACUUGUUGUUCAUUCUGUACCAUGCUGCAAGGCCAAAGAUUUCAGUUGAAAAAUUGACGACACACAGCGGCAUAGACUACAUGAUGCUGACCCCCGACAGAUGCCUGAUCUUUCCCUCGGUGGACUACGUCAGAAACCUCGUUACAAAACACUCGAUCCGCCAGGGGAUUCCCGUGGUGAUCGACUGCUCGCACAUCUACGGCGCAGACUACACUGCCGCCACCGUGGUGGAAACCCUAACCCAAGACUUCGCCGCCAGAGACCAGCCUCUGUUCUUCUACAACCUGAAGCCGGCGGUCAGCGCCGUUUUCGAGGGACUGAGUCCCAAGGAGUUCGUGGUUUACUACAACGAGGAUACCAUCGAUGAGCUGCUCAAAAGUACGCCCUACAUCAAGAAACAGCAGUUGAACUUAUAACGAACAUUCCUUGAAGUUGCGUUGUUAAUGAUCGUGCGAAGGAUUUCUUAGACUAGGACCUGAAAAGCUCAAGGUUUUAACCGUUUUAGCAGUAAUUUUACAUGUACAUAGUAUUGUUAUAUUUAUAUUGACUCAUUCUUAUUUAUUCCUAUACGAACGCAUUUUUGUAGAUCAUUCUUAGGGAGUACUUAGACUUAACUACUCUGUGAUAUUAAAUUUUUAUGUGUAGUAGUAGAGUGUUUUUUAUUUCUAC